AUGCCAUAUGCACAAGUACAUUAUCCAUUUGAAAGAUGUCGAACAUUUCAAGAUACAUUUUCAGCUGAUUUCAUAGUUGAAGACGAAACAACAUUGGAAGAUUGUGUUAUUUCAUUGAAUGUUCUUUGUUAUAUUCUUUUAACAAUAGCUAAAUUAAUGAAACAAUUUACAAUAUUUCUUGCUGAAUAUAUGUAUCAAGUAUUAGGAAAAUUAAUAUCUCAAUCAUCAUCUUCUUCUGCACAAGAUUUAAGUUUUUAUUUUCAAAUGAUUCCAAAAUCAUAG